UGCUGAUAGUAAAUGUGUUUGCCAUCAAAAUGAAUAUGAUAUGGUAUUGGUUGUAUUGGCAAUUGGGGAAGUUAAGAAAAAGGUAUUAUGUGGAAUCAGCAUGGAAACACAAAUUGCAAUAGCUACAGAUAUGAGUGAACAGCUUGUAUUCAUUGAGUUCAGUAAAUCAUUUUUUAUUAAUCUAGGUGUUUUGUUGAAACCCAGGAGGAUAUUGACCAUAACAAAUUUAAAACAUGUUGAUUAUGACUUGUUGUAUAAAUUUCAUGUAUUGAUCACUUGCAAUGAAAGUGAGGUUGAGGAUUUCCCUCACAAAUAUUAUCUGGAACAAGCCAGAGCAAGGCUUGAAUCCUGGGUGGAAGUCAACAAGCCAAUUCUUUGCAUUUAUGAAUCUAAUGCAAAAGAAUUGUGCAAAUUAUCUUCACCUUAUUCUUUUACUCAUUAUCAUAUUUAA